CGUAUAUCUCAAAGCUUCAUAUCUUAUUUACUCAAGAAUUGCUCUCUCGUUUAUGAAAAUAUUUCGAGAGAGGCUCGAAGCAGCCCAAUUCCAUAUCUUGGUCUUUACAUUCUCUCGACAAGUCCAUCCUUUAUACACAAAUCAUGGCGAAGAGUAAGCUAAAGGCCGCAUUAGACGCCUACAAAGGUGUCGACUAUAAAAAGCUCAAGGAAAAGAAAAUGAGAAAGGCUAGUGAGAAGCGAAAGAGGGAAAAGGAACAACAGGUAGCCAAGGCUUCAACUGACGGGGAUGACCUCGAAGAUGCGCAAGCGAGCGAAGAUGAGGACAACGGUGGCGUUCUCAUUGAUGAGGAAGCUAUCGGUACAGAAAUUGCCGAAGAUGAACAGAAGAAGCUGCAAGCAGAGCUCAGGGAGCUCCUUGGAAACAAGAAGAAGUUAAUGGAGAUUGAAAGUGGCAGUGAUGUGGACAAAGAGGAGGAAGACGAAUGGGAAAGUGCUGUCGAGGAUAUAGAUGACGAAGAGAAUGAAAACGAAGACAGCGACCAAUCAGAAGAUGCUUCAAGUGAUGAAGAAGAUCAAGGAAUUGAUCUUUCGCGUCUCGAAGACAGUGACAGCGAUGACGACGAUGACGAUGAGGAAGAGGGAAAUGACAAGAACCUUGAUGCUACCGAGGCUACAAAUGGCACGUCAAAAUCCAAUGGGGUUGACGAAGACGAAACAGACGGCGAAGACAUUCCGCUUUCAGAUAUUGAGUCCCUGGCCUCAGAGGAGCGAGGAGAUCUCAUACCUCACCAACGACUAACAAUCAACAACAAAGCGGCACUUGAAAAAGCGCUUAGAAGAAUAGCACUCCCGCUAUCAAAACUUCCUUUCUCCGCACAUCAAUCUAUCACAUCUCAAACCAACACCGCAAACUCCAUUCCAGAUAUCGACGAUGAUUUAAAGCGCGAACUGGCAUUCUAUGCGCAGUCACUUGAUGCAGUUAAGAAAGGCAGGGCUCUUCUCAUCAAGGAAGGCGUCCCAUUUAGUCGGCCAAACGAUUACUUCGCCGAGAUGGUGAAGAGUGAUGAGCACAUGGGACGUGUGAAAGACAAGCUGCGAGAGGAAGCUGCAAGUAAGAAGGCUGCUGCAGAAGCGAGACGGCAGAGAGACCUGAAGAAAUUCGGAAAACAAGUCCAGGUGGCGAAAUUACAAGAGCGGGCCAAAGAAAAGAAGGAAACACUUGAGAGGAUCAAUGCGCUGAAGAGAAAACGUGCUGGCGAAUUGCCUUCAGCAGAGAAUGAACCAGACCUCUUCGAUAUUGAACUCGAAGACGCAGAAACAACGGUGAAGAAUGAUAGAAUAGCGCGAAAGCAGCGCUCAGCAAGUGGCUCGAAAGGUGAGCCUAAGACAAAGCGGCAAAAGAAGAACGAGAAAUUUGGUUUUGGCGGUAAAAAGCGUUUCUCGAAAAGCAAUGACGCAGAAAGCACCAUGGAUUCUCGAAGUUUUCCGGGGAAAAACAUGAAGAAGCCUUUCAAAGGCGCUGGAGGUGCAAAAAAACGACCGGGUAAAGCUAGAAGGGCUAAAGCAAGGCUGUAGAACAGUAGUUAUGAAAUUCGAAUACAUUGGCUGCAGCUUCUUUGCAUAUGCACUUGCAGCAUGUACUGAUAUCCACACUGAUUCAAUUCGAAGAUCUGUCUUCGUAAGAGCCAUCAUAUGCCUGUUCUACGGAGUUUUAAGUUCCACACGAGAAAGGAAAAUAUUGGUUUUGUGGAGCCUACCGGCCUUCAGCAUCUAUGACCGAAAACUUCAAGCAUGUUUAACUGGAAUGUGAUGCGCAAGAUUCCUUGUGUCAUUGUAUCUCAUCACCGGAAUUAUUAGAAACCAAUAUAGACGCAUAUCAUUAUCCAAAACAUCAUCAGAGUCGCGUUUCUUCUCAUUCAUGCUCUGCAGUCACAAUCUGGCCAAACAGACGACUGAAUCAGACAGGAUUGCAAUGCGGCUUUAUGUCACAACGAGAGUCUGCUCGGGAUUUUGCAGCGAUUCCCUUUGAGUUACAGUGGAGUAUAGUCGAGAUGGCGACAGACAUGAUGAUAGAGGAGAAGGAGAGAAGUAAUCAUCUGCAGAACGUUGCAGUCAAGCUUGGAGGCUGCUGGCUAAGAUAUCAAAACAGCUACCGAAGUUUGCUUGAGUGGUGUGCUUUAGAACUUCCGAAUGAGGCGAUGAACCUGUAAGGAAUUGGACAACGCGCCGAUGACAACGACGGGGAGAGAACUUGGCAAAGUUUCGAAACGUGGGACAUUGGAGCGAUCCGAGCAUGUGUCGAGCU